CAAGCCUGCUGCAGUACAAUCGUUUUUCACACAAAAAAAUAUCCAGCUACUUAGUCGCGUAGGAUCUCUGUUAAAUGAAUGUGUAAUUGUUGUUACAAUGUAUCGUCUCUGUAUGGAUAUUUUGUUUACAUUGACAGAGUAAUAGUCAGGCGGCACAGGGUCGAUCGUAUGCAGUAUUCGCAUAAUGCUUCCAAUGCCUAGUGUCGAUGGGGACAUUUUUGACUGUGUUCAACGAGGGAACGUUGAACAUUGUGCACAUAUCAUUCAACAUGAUCGAUCUAUCCUCAAAGAGAAAGGUUGGGGUGGUUUUAGUCCUCUCCACUUUGCGUCCCUCCAUGGUAACCGUGCCAUGGUUGACAUGUUGCUAAGCAACGGAGCUGACCCCAACCUGACCUGUGAUGCAGGAAUGACGGCCUUCCAUUUCGCCUGCAGGCAUGGUAAUGUAUACGUGAUGCGCCAGAUGAUGCAGCAUGGAGCUGACCUGCGCAUGGUAGACCAUCAGGGCAAAACUGCCCUACACCAUGGAGUAUGUGGAGGGAACAUUGUAGCGAUGCAGUACCUGUGGGAGACAGGAAUGUUUCGGUGGUGUGAUGGAGACAUAUACCAUGUUACACCUCUACACCUGGCUGCUGAUACUGGCAACACUGAGGUGGUCCGUUACCUGCUCCGAGGAAAGAGGUGUAUGGUGGAGACUGUGGAUGAGGAUGGGUUGACAGCGGUCCAUGUGGCAGCUGAGAGGGGCUGUGUAGAGGUGUGUUGGACGCUGUUACAGAGAUCCGGCUUCAGGAUGCUACACUUGAAGACCUAUAGCGGACACACGCCUCUGGACCUCUGCAGGCAGGGAAAGACAUUCAGACACUUGCAGCUGACCAAACUACUGACCCGCUACAUGAGGGAGCCACCAUUCAACAAACCGGACGAGUCCCACCUCCUUUACUACUGGACGUUAUUCUUCCCAUGUCUGAUUGGAGGAGCUAUUCUGAUUAUCGCAACAAUGUUGGGGGGCUACGGAGGGAUAACGUGCGCCGUCCUCUUCCCCUGGCUGGCCAGGAGUAUAUUUUCCCAGUUCCACCGCAUGACGACCUACCAGAGGUUGGCCAACCCCGUCUACCUAGGGACUGUGAUAGCUGGAUUGUUCCACUCUCUAGUCUGCUUCUACUACAGAAUACUACCGCCUAAUAUCCUUUAUAUUACAGUGAUAGUAUAUUACCUAAUAUCGUGUACUGCCUAA